ACUCAUCACCCCAAUCGUAGAAGACCUUUUUGGCUUUGGCGUUGCAGUGGCCAGCACUUGUGAAUCCGUUUGGUUUUGUCCAACACUCUGAGCUAUGACGAUGUCUUGGCAUUGCAGGCACACCUCAACCUCAACCUCAACCCCACAUGCCAGUUACCCCUCCGUCGGGGCGGCUGUCGAAUCCAUGAACCUCAAACAAUCUGGAGGCGGAACCCAACAAAGUCAUGCCGCAAUGCUGGCUCACAAUCACAUCGGAUUGAACCGAACUCCCGUCCAGUCAGAGCCUCGGCCCGGAAAACGUGCUGGUGCGCAUUGGGUGAAGCUUCAUCUAUGUUGCGCUGCUGAUGCGAUGCAGAGCGCAGCACCCUUCCGGCCGGCGACUUUUCAAGAAAAUGGCUUGGCAACACAAAAAGGAAAAUUUUCAUGCCUCAGCGCGCAAGAUCUGACCCAGCCACAUGGGGCCCGGCCGUUUGAAGUGCGGCAACCAAAAUGUGCAUGGGGAGUGGGACACCCGAGAUCUUCCGAAUUGAAAUGGGGAUUUGAUAGGCUAAACUCGAAUUUCCAUUCCAUUCAGUCUUCCAUUCGGCUUCCCGAAACCAGGCGCGGCAGCAAACCAGCCCCCGGGGCCAUUUCCUUCGCCCAUGUCUCUCGGCCGGACUUACCUAUCCUCACUCGAAAAAAUAGCUCAUACUUAGUGAAGCAAUGGAUGCCUGACGGAUGGUUACCACGGUACCUGCUUGCAUCUCAAACCCAUAACAAAACAGAUCUGGUGGUUGACGGGUGAAGCAAACAAGAAAAUCGCCGAGCAUGCGCCGGCUGGGAUACCUAUCUGGAAUUAUCGCACCCUAUGAAACACCCCACCAGCAUCAAAACCAUGAACCAGCCCGGUUACACCAAUUAAGCUGGCAUGUAUUGCUUGC